AUGCCAGUUAGUAAAAAAGACAAAGGGGCAAAGGGGAUUCCGAGGGACACUAACCGCAGCAGCGACUCCUGCCUGUUGCCAUUGUCAGAACGAGACACCAAAAAGGGAGUUUGUUACGCAGCACGUACGAAAGAGAAGAACGGAGCGAACUUUGGAGAAUAUUCACUGUCCGCCAUGAUUGCGACUGUUUUCCUUCACGUUACUGAAGAGGCUGAACAAAAGACGCUGGCAGCAGCUCGUCUGCGACCCUGCGCGAACGAAACAGCUGUUGGUAUAGGACGAGUGUCGACGGACGGCCGGGAGACAGGGUCGAGAAUGCGAAAAGAUGCUUCUUUUUCAGAGAUUGACACGCGCGCUAAGCCUUCGAAUCGACAGAAUGCGCGGGGUGGGCGUCGAGCGAACAGUAUCGGAGAUAGGCAGGCAGUAAGGAAGGUAGGCAAGCUUGUCAGGGAACAGCAUCGAACGCGGCGCACCUGCAGUUGCAGCUCGCCGGACUGCGCCAGUGGCCCGCGGCGCCCCGCCGUAGCCGGUGUACUACUGUGUGGCGGCCCUUCGUGCAAGUUCCUUCGGGCUAGACUGACCCAAAGGGACCCAACACAACCUGGCUGCACCACCCCGUGCUUGCUUCAUCACGAACGCUGUCCACCACCACCACCACCACCACGACCUCAUAUUCCGCUUCGUCCCCCCCCUCGCAAUUACGGCCUCUCACACUCUCAGCACUGUGAGACUCACCGAGGCUUCUCCAUCGAGCCUCUUUUCUCCCCCUUGGAGAAGGAUGCGGAGGGCAUGACUGCAGGGCCCUGCUCUGAGUUGCGCCCACGACUCGUUACGUCCAUCUUGGAUUUCGGUGACCACCGCGACUGCUCCCCUGCUCUAUUGAGGACAGUGCAUGGUAUACAGUGA